GCCAUCGAGUUUGGUGCGACUGCGCUCAUCAACGUCAGCCUUCGGUCGAUCCUGUCGCUUUCUUCCGAGAGGCCUACUCGGGUCGAAGUGAAACUAGACUCAUCGUAUUGGACAGUCGAAUCUCUCGCACCUCGUGGGCAAUGUGAUGCAAGUGUACAACAGAAGCGUCUGCAUGCUGACGGCUACCUGACAUUUGAGCCACCGGAAGCUUUGGACGAUGUGGACAUUGUAGCAAUCAGGAAGCGAUGCACGAACAAUGUCGAUUCAUCAUUUUACAAGUCGUUGUCCUAUUUCUCUACGUAUGGACCACGACUACGCCGUGUAACGAACGCCUAUUACAGUGAGAAGGAAGCUCUUGUCUCCAUCAAGGGCAUGGAUGAGACAUUGCUACGGUCUGGAAGAUAUCGCCUACAUCCCGCCAUCCUGGACGCCUGCCUGCACAUGACGGCAUUCCGGCCCUUCAAUGGCAACUAUGAUCACAAUGCGUACUAUCUUCCUGCUCAUGUUGACGCCGUAAUUCUGCACCGUAAUGUUCAUGAGAAGCCACUUCCGCGUCAUCUCUAUGCGCACGUCGUGUUUAAGGGAUGGACACCAGAACAGAUAUUUUACAAUAUUGCGCUCGUGGAUGACCUUGGACGACGCAUAUGCACCCUGCAAUCUCUGGCAGUGGAAAGACAUCACAUUGAUCCAUUACCGAUGAUCGUUCGCCCACUUCACUUGAUCUAUCAGCCUGCAUUUGUAUCUGCAAAUUUGGACGUGCCGCAAUCUGUGGAGAGCAACGGCAAUUGCAGGUCGAUAUGGGAUGUGGACAAUGACAUAAUCAUUCCAUGUUCCACAGUGUCUGUCCCCUUGGAUGACACUGCGCUACGCGAUGUUGUGGCGCUGCGAUGGACGUUGGCAUCCUUGGCCUCUGAGGGCCAGCGCGUACUGCGACUAGCCAUCAUGACCACGGAGCCGCACAUAUUUCCAUACGUGACGUCGGUCCUCAACGCAUUCCCUUCCAUCUUCUACGAGAUCUUCGUGGGCGACGAAGGCCAGCGCGACAUAUGUGCGUUGGGGCUGCAAUCUGGGGUCGUGCGGACCGCCGACGUAGAUGCGUUGCUCAAGGAUGAAGAACCUUCGAAUCCCCAGUGCUACGACAUCGUACUCAUCCGUAGUGUCUUGCAUGAAGGUGUUAAACUCGCUCAUAUCAUCUCCGGAGCGGGUCGCUGUCUGGUACCCGGAGGCGUUUCGAUAGUGACUGCGCAGUCGCAUAUGCCUCAAUUUUGCGACGAAUGUGAAGGCUCAGGAAUGUACGUUAUAGAUCGCAUUACGAAUACGCAAGGCUCCUCGCCCACAGCCACCAUCAUUGGCCGUAAGACGUCCAUCGGCUAUCUUACCGCCGCAUCUCGAACACUGUUCGAAGAGGAAGCAGCCUUCACAUUCAACUACACUUACGGCGGCGAGAUAGACCUUCAGUGGGAUCUUAGCGGGCUCAAUCCAUCCGAGGAACUGGACAUAUGGGUGCUAGCUGUCGAGGGUCGUGACGGUGGAUUGGCCGCUGGCCUACUCCGCGCUCUUCGAAGAGAGUACGUCACUUGGACGAUCCGGCUCGUCACUUUCCCCGACACCUUUACAGAGGAAAUGAAGAAGGAGCAUCUUCUCAGACUACCGGCGGCGAUGAAGAAUGAGCCAGAAAUUAUGAUAUCGCCUGAAGGCGACUUCCUCGUUCCUCGGCUGGUCCCAAUCCCGUCUUCGGUCCCAGAAGAGUACGCAAGGUGCAAGGCCCUGGAUGAAGACGUUCCUCCUGGGAAGGUGCUUGUGGAUAUCCGAUUCUCCUAUACAUCCAGUUCAUGCUCGGCCGUUAUUGGUACCAUCAAGAAAUCGAGGGCAGCGUCUCUGGCAGCAGGGACACACGUAGUGGGCAUUCUCGAUUGCGCGCCGCCUCAAUGCUCAACGGUUGAUCCUGAUGUUCUACAUCCUGUAUCAGUUGAUAUUCUCAACCUGGGGACCACAGCUGCCAUUGGCCUCCUAGGUUUCCUCUCCGCGGUUCUUGCGCCGGGAUUAUGCACCUUUAACUUCAAGCAUCUGAAGCGACUACAGUCCAUGCGCAUCCUACUAACGCACGCAGACUCGCCAAUCGGGCGUGCAAUCGCAUUCCUGUACUCCGCUUUCAAGAUCGAAGUUUUGCAAUUCCAUCAAAAUGCUACUAUGCUGGAACUUGCCCGUGCGGGUACUGACGGCUUUCACUUGAUUAUUUCUGGGUAUGCGGAAAGCGAAACGGCCCACAUAAGAUUACUGCGCUCUCUACUCCGAUCUGGCCGAGGAAAAAUGUUCAUGUGGAACACUGCGGGAGGGGACAUUGUCGACAUUCUUCAAAGAGACCCUUAUCUUAUCCAGGAUGCUCUUACUGUUGCAGCUCCCCUGCUGGAACAACACGCAACGUUGUUACACUUUACGCCCUCUUCCCCACUUAGUCCUGUGUUGAACGCGGUGGACUCAUCCCUUCAUACACCAGACCGUAUUACGCUCUUUCAUGCAGAUAAAACGUACCUUGUCAUUGGCGGGAUUGGGAACAUUGGCGCGCAUUUAUGCAAGUACAUGUACGAGAGAGGCGCAAGACACCUGAUUGUCACAUCACGUCGCGGCCGGUCAGGGCUAGAGGACAUCACGAACCCCACAGUGCGCCGCCUUUUCCUUUACAUGGAAAGUCUAGCGGACCUGGACCUCCGCUUGGAAGCAGUAGAUGCCCUUUCUUUGUCCGACAUGGCCAACUUGGUCAGGUCGACGAACAUGGAGAUUGGUGGAUGCAUCAUCCUGACCGCCGUGCUCUCCGACCGGACUUUCCAGCACACAACAGAGGCCGACUUCAAGGCCGUUUUUGCGGGCAAGUUAGGUGUGCUGGAGACUUUACGAGGUGUAUUCGAUGUCAGUCGCGCGGACUUCAUUGUCGCGUUUACUUCCAUGUCUGGUCUAUUUGGAUUCGGUGGACAAACGAACUACGGAGCGGCCAACACCGCGCUGGAAGAUGCGAUAUCGAAUAUGACAAAUGCAUUUGCUUUUGUAUGUCCUGGCAUCCUAGACUCAUCCCUGAUGUUGGCUGGCCACGAACUGGCAGUGCCACGUCUAGGCCAUGCAAUUCAGUGGUCUAUUUCCGCCGAAGAGAUGGUGCUGUGGUUCGACGAUGCGAUGACGCGGUAUCGUAACCAACGUUUCACGCGCUACGUACCAGACAUGGAUUGGGAGGCGCAGAACCGUACUCUUGGGAUGACAAUCCUAGGCGAGCAUCUUAUAAGCAGUCAAGCAUCCGUCCAGACCUCCGCAGAAGACAGAGGCGACCAGAUUGUGGACCUUGUCCGCACCACACUCAACAUUGCUGCUGUCGACCUCUCUAACGACACGCCUCUGACGGCAUACGGCAUCGACUCGCUCUCCGCCGCCAGGCUCUCACUCCUGCUUCGUCCAUACGUUGAGGUCACGCAACUCCAGCUGCUCGCCAACGUAACGGUAGGCGAGCUGUUGCGCCGUGCUUCGCGGAAGUCACUGCAGAAUGUCUCUGCGAUUGGAGUAGUGACUUCUCAGCCUAAGGACAAGGUCAUGCAGGAUCUUGUCACGAAGUACGCGCCAAGCACAUGUGAUAAUGACGUGCCGACAAGCCCAUGUCCAGAGCCCAUGGAACAGACGGUGCUCAUCACUGGAACGACGGGCGCCCUUGGGUGCAGCAUACUAGCGCAACUGCUCUACAAGGAUCAGAUCAAAACUGUAUAUGCCCUAAACAGAACGUCUACGAGCGGAUCUACUUUACAACAGCGGCAGGUGGCCGCCUUCAUCGAUCAGGGCUUUUCCAAGUCCUUGGCUACAUGUUCGAAGCUAGUCUUGCUCGAAGGCACCUUGAAGAACACUGAUCUUGGGAUAGACAGUCAUACUAUGAACGACAUAUUGUCCAGCGUGACACAUAUCAUCCACAAUGCCUGGACGAUCGACUUGUAUUCUCCGCUGGAGAGCUUUGAGGACCAGCUUGUCGGCACACGCCACUUACUAGAUCUCGCUGCUCGGAGCAAACUUUCCACACGUCCUUCCUUUGUUUUUAUCAGUACAGUCGGGAUCUACCAAGAACACGACCAGUCCACCCCAGCCCCGGAAGAGUCGAUCACCUCUCCCCAUAUAGCCAUCCAGAGCGGAUACACCGAGUCUAAGUGGGUUGCAGAGAGACUCGUGCAAACGGCGGCGCAGUUGGGAAUGCUGAACGCGAGCGUCUUCCGCGUCGGCUUGUUGACUGGUGGCGCGAGCGGUUCAUGGGACAUUAAUCACUGGUUUCCCGCACUCGUACAGUCUGCGACGUAUCUUGGCUGCCUGCCUGAGGGUCACGAGAUCAUUUCCUGGAUACCAAUGGACCUCGCCGCCACUGCGAUCGUGGAACUGUGCGGUGUCCCUGCAGACACGUUGCAUCUCGUGCAUCCGCGCCCAGUAACAUGGGAUACCAUCAUGCAGCCGCUGGCCUCCGCGCUAAGCGUGCCGCUAGUUCCUUACGCCGAAUGGUUGGCGCGCUUGGAGAGCCUUGCUGAGGACCAGGAGACGUCUGCCCACGGGAAACAAAAUGAGCGAGCGGCAUUAAGGCUUCUGUACGUUUAUCGCAAGGCACACUCGACGCUGGCGACGCCGCGCAGGUUAGAAGAGAGCAUGGGCUUGAUGCCGCGGGUUGCAACAAACAAAGCACCGCGUCUAUCCAGCGCCUUAGCGGACCAGGCUGUGCGGCAACUGGGAACAGGGGAUGUUGAGAGGUGGCUGUCAUACUGGCGGUCUGUGGGCUUUAUUCCGCCUUAG